CUAAAAAUUCUUCGAUAUUUUACUAAACACCUUCAAUUUAAAAAAAAAUUACAGCCAUUCCUGACGGCCUCGAAAAUGCGAUGAAGGGAGAGCGAGGGGCAGCAGCCAGCAGCAACAUCUUAGACCCAUGUAGAUGGGGCGAGGUCUGGUACUUUGUUACCCGACCAGAGCCAUAGCUAGGGUUUCGCUUUUACUUCCCAAAUGCAAAAUUUCCUUCGUGUCCCUUAAUCGACUUCAUCAUCUCUGUCAUGCACCUCGAUGUGUUCCUUCAACUCGCACGUUCUGCAAGUGUGCUGCUUUGCAAGAGCAGACAAUAGACAUCACCGAGUACAAGGAUGCUUUCUCCCGACGGAUGGCAAUGGCCGGACUCAGACCCCACAACCGUAUUGCUUUAGGAGUAUCUGGGGGUCCGGAUAGCAUGGCACUGUGUGUUCUAGCAGCUAAUUGGAAAACUGAGGGCCUCAAUGCAGUUAGAAAGAAAGAUGAAUACAUUGAUGGUCUUUUGGCAAUAAUUGUUGAUCAUGGGCUGCGGGCAGAGAGCAGAGAUGAGGCAAUUCUAGUUAGAAAUCGAGUUUCUGAAAUGGGGGUCAGAUGUGAGAUUGCGUGUUGUGAGUGGCCAGAUGGUAAGCCAAAACAGGGUCAUUUGCAAGAGGCAGCCCGUGAUAUGAGGUAUCAAAUGUUUCAAGAUCUUUGUGUGCAAAACCAGAUUAGGGUUUUGCUUAUAGCACAUCAUGCAGAUGAUCAGGCAGAGUUAUUCAUUCUCAGAUCAUCUCGUGGUAGUGGGGUCCUUGGACUUGCUGGUAUGGCAUUCACUUCUCAAUUAUUCUCUUCACAUGUGCAUUGCUAUAAGGGAGAUCUAAAAAAUCAGAGUAUUCUUCUAGUGCGACCAUUACUGGAUUUUUCAAAGGAAGAUUUGUACAAGGUAUGUCACAGGUUUCACAAAGAAUGGGUUGAGGAUCCAACAAAUCGAAGUCCAUUAUUUGCUCGGAAUAGGAUUCGGAUGUCAUUAGGAAAUUUGUCAUCAUGCAUUUUGAAGUCUGAACUGCUUGCAGUUAUUUCUGCCUGUAGAGAAACACGUGCCUAUGUUGAUAAAAUAUGUCACAAUUUGAUAAAUCAGGCAGUCACCAUAGUGAAUCAGGGAUAUGCUGUUAUUGAUUUGAAGAUUCUUAAUGCAUCAAAAAUUGAGGACAUAUUCCUUUCAAGAUUUCUUGCAUGGGUCUUACUGUUUAUUUCACAAAGGCAGAGGCCAAUUAGAGGUAGUACUUCAAAGUUGCUGUUAAAUUAUAUCCGUACUACUCCAUGCAAGAACUCCCUUACUGCAGCUGGUUGCUACCUUUCUCCUGCUCCUGGUUCUAAGGGAACCAAAGCUCUUAUCUGCUGCUCUGUUGAAUGUCCAAUGCCUUCAAAAUCUGAAGUGUUUUACAUGCACUCUAAUGAGGUGUAUAAGGAUUGUGAUCCAAAUGAGUUAGAACAUAUUAUAGCAAAUGGGGAGUCAUAUUCAAAUAAUCUGGUUCCUGAUGCAUCAGAGGUACAUUUUUUGCACUUGGGUUCUGCAUCAGUUCUAGAUGAAGCAAGGAGACUGGAUAUUCUCAGUGAGACCAGCUAUAGGAACAUUCUUUUACUGCAGUCUGAGGAAGUCAGACAUUUUAGGUCUAAAACUGAUGUCAAUUUUGACUAUGAAGCACGUGAAGUUGAAAAUGUUAGCAAAUCUCCAAGUGAACUACUUCAGCCAGGGCAAACAUGCUACUUCAUGAACAGGUUCAUUGUCACAUGGAAACUGAGAAAGGAAAUUUCCAACAAGGCAUUUUCAGGAGAAACAUCUUGUAACACAAAUUUCGGAGGGGAAAGUCACCUCAGUUGUUGUAGUUAUUGUACAAUAGGUGAUGACAGUGUAGCUGAGGUGCGUCAUAUGAUUGAAGCUGAUUGGCUAUAUCUUGCUGAGUUGUCCAAGUGCCCAGGUACAGAGAAUAAAAAUGUUCCAGCUUCCGUUAAAGCAAACCAAAUGAUGGACAAGAAAACACCAUGUCGAGAUUAUUCAAGGUUGUCUGCACAAAAAGCUCUUCGAUCACUGAAAUCUAUCCCUUUGGCGGCAAGAAGAAGCCUUCCUGUCUUGGUAAAUCCUCAUGGAGUGCUACUAAGUGUCCCAAGCAUCGGUUUUACACAUUACCCUUGCUUGAUGGUGUCUGUUGUAUUCAAGCCAAGAGUAUCACUUGGGGGAGGCCACAGUUCAUUCAUUUAGUCCAUGUAUUUCAGUUUUUGUUAUACAUUCUUCAAAUGCCUCAAAAGCUUGCAGGCUCUUGGAGGUGAGUGAGCACCAUGUUUAAAAUGUUGUGUAAUCGGUUAGAAAAUGUAAUUUAAGAACUUCAUAUCCCAUAAAAUUGUACUUUUAAUAUUUAUUCGCUUCUUUUCUUCUGUAUGUAUUACUAGCUAGGGCGACAGUUUUGUUCUAUAUAUCCUGAUAACAUUACCAAGAAUUGUAGUUUUUCAAACACACCAAAUAACAACCAGCCUCCCAA